GCUUGUUGGCAGUUUGUAUCAGGUAUUGCCCUGUAGCGAAUCGGACGUCGUGUGGCGGCCUUAAGUCGCCCUCUGGAAUGAGUUGACGCUUCGUUGCUGUCGCCUGCGUAUGGCAAGGCGGCCAGGUGGGUGCCCUCACCAGUCGGGCAUUGAUCUGAGGGCUGCAGUGAGGCCAGAGAGCUCGCUGGCGUCAGCCAGGCCCUCCCUGCAGCGAAACAUGGCUCGGGAACAUCACUGGACUGUCUGGUUGUCUUGCCCUUCUAUGGUGUUUUGCAAUAGGCCCUUCUUCAGCUGGAGGAGCGCAGGCUGCCGUCCAGCUCAGUGUGAGCCAGACAGACAGACGAUUCGCACCGCUCCAGUGCAGUGCAGUGCGUCCCUCAGUGCACAUCACAUUGUCUGUGUGUGUGGUGUUUGGUUCGUGUCAGAUGUUUGCUUCAGCGUCUUGCCCACCUGACCCCAAGUAUCCACCCCAAUCUGCGGACCCCCACCCAUCCAGCUCCAGAUUCCCAAUGUCACACCAGGUACAGCGAGGGAGAGAGGGAGGGAGGGAGGGAGAGAGAGAGGGAGUGAGAGAGAGCAGCCACACCACCUGCCCCUGUUCGUUCACGGCUUCCUUCCCUGCGCUGUGUGUCAUGUGCCGUUGGUUGUCUGGUCACAGUAUGGGGGUCAGAUCGGCCGCUCUGAGCAUCCCCCCAUGACCCCUUCCCCGUCGCAAGCUCACGGCUUCCAGAUGGACCACCAUGCUGCCACUUCUGCCGCCGCCGCCGCCGCUGCUGCUGCUGCUGCCGCUGGUGGUGCCUCCCACCAGAUGGACGGUGUGGAUGGUGGCAUGAUGGACGACAGCCAGCCCGCCGAAGCCGCUCCCAAGAAGCGAAGGAAACGGAAUCCGCCCAGAAAGAGGGCACCUGGGGAGGUGAGCUUGGGCGUGUGGCUGGGCAAGUGUGCGGUGUGGUGUGUUUGUCUGCUUUGGUUCAUCGUGUGUUCAUUCCGUCGUCUGUCGGUUCCUUCCUUCCUUCCUUCCUUGAUUCGUUCAGCCGCGGAAGCCCAAGCAGGCGUUCCUGUGGUUCUACCACCAGAUCCUGCCCGAGAUCAAAGCCGAGCGGCCAGAACUAGCCAUGACCGUCAUAUCGCAGGUAGUAGGCCUAGCCACACACCACACCCACCUGUCACACACAGACACCCCUCUGUGCUCAUGUGUGUGUGUGUGUGCAAUCAGGAGGCGGCGCGUCGGUGGAAGCAAAUGACGCCCGAGGAGAAGGCGCCGUACGAGCGGCUGAAGGCGGAGGAUCGCCAGCGGUACAAUCGUGAGCUGGCGCUGUGGGAGCGGCAGCAGGCCGUGCAGGAGCAGGCCCGCAAGAACGUCGAGGCCGGCCCGGAGAGCUACCAGGUCGGGGGGCUGCCGCUCCUCUCCAAUAAUGAGAUGCUCAAGCGACGGGUAAACCGAUACACACACACACACACAUCCAUCCAUCCAUCCACCACGGGGAUGGUCACACUCUCAUUGAUGCCUUCCUUGUGCGUGGUGUGUGUGUGUCAGCUGUUGCGUCAGGGUGAUGAGUUGGGCAUGGGGGCUGAGGCGGGGAUGUACGGCGGGGGCGGGGGGAGCGACGACAGCUGGAUGACCACCCUCACCAUGGAGCAGGUGAAAGAGCGCUGAACAACACACUGACCACACACGCACCAACAGCAAUUGGGUGGGUGUUUUGUGUGUGUGUGUGUGUCGAUCCAUCCAUCCAUCCAUCAGAUGAAGGAGAUUGAGGACCGUGAGUGCUGGUACCGCGAGAAUAUCAGUGGGCAAUCACACACACACAUACAGAGAGAGACACCACGUUCCCCCCACUCGCCGCCACACACUCCCCGAGCGAUGGCCUGUUCUGUGUGUGAUUUGUUUGAUCAGCUGAGAAGGAUGAGGAGCUCCAGAAGAAGACCGAGUACAUCGACACACUCAAAGAGCAAAUCGCCGUACGACGCACCCGAGGGAUCAAACACCCACCGACACACCCGCCAUACGCGCACCCUCUCCCUGUCCCUCCCUGUGCAGGUGUACCAUGGUUACAUUGAGGAUCGCAAGAACAUCAUCCUGAGUCGCCUGUCGCCCGUGCAGCGGCUCAUCGGCAGCAACUUCAGCAUCAUCGAAGAACGAAUCAGACUCGCCCGAACCGAGGCGGAACUCAGGUGCUUGCAGGAUUGACGCACAGCAAAAGCACACACACACACGAGGCGAUAGAUAAAAAAUGGUGUUGUUGGCUGCACUGCACUCCACUGCACAGCGAGUGGGUAGUGCUGAUCAACAGCGCCCAUCUGUUUUGUCCGAAGGACAGCCCGCCCAUCGAAGAAGACACAGACUACUUCCUCGUAGGCAACCAUACCAGUCGUCGAGAGAGACACACACCGCACCGACACACAGACGGACGGACCAAGAUCUGCCUGUGGUGCUUUGUGUGGUGUUUGGUGUGUCAGGCUGAGCGUCUGAUGGCCCACAUCCGGGCGCUGAGUGGCGACGACCGUGGCGACACGUCUGUGCCCCCGCCCGAGGACAGCGAGCCCCCCUCCUCUCAUCGCUUCGACCAACACCCACACCCCCGCUCGCAGUCAUCUCUCCCGCCCCCCUCCCUCCCCCCACCUGAAGAAGACGACCAAGGCCCCCACACACACGCACACGGCCCGCCAGACGAGGGGCACCAACACACUGUCAGCCGCAGUGAUGCUGUUGCGCCACCGCCACCACCCCCACCGCCACCACACUCCCACCACCAGCCGCCCGGCCACGUCCCGCCGCAUCUCUACGCUCGACCACCAGCCCAUGCCAUGGCGGGCGGCGAGUACGGUGGCAUGCAGGCGGCUCAUGCUGCCCAUGCGGCCGGCAUGGUGGUGGAGCCGGGGGGCAUGAUGGCCCCGCCACUCUUCGCCACACAGUGAGGGAUGGAUGGAGGGAGCAGAAGCUCGCUCGUCAGACGGUGUGUCAAGACAGGCAGAGAGGGAGAGGGGCGCGAGGGAGGCGGGGUCAAUGAAUGCUGUGUGUUGAUGAGUGAGGUGAGUGCAACUCACUCAUGCCAUGCUGGUACCGUAUCGUUCUUUCUUCUUGCUGCCUUCUUACUGCAUACUUACUACUUACUGCAUGCAUACUUUUUGGAUGGAUGGAUGGAUGGCGCAAUCGCAAUCAGCCGGCCGGCACGGUUGCGUAUUUGGCGGGAUGGAUGGACCGACCGGAGUGGAUUGGGGGGGUCAGUCAGUCAGUCGGACGGAUUUGAUGGAUUCAUGUAUACGGCAGCCAAAUGGACGCACCACGCCCCACACGACAGACCACACCCAACAGACAAGAAACAGACAGACAGACAGAUAGACAGACAGACAGACGGACGGACAGACAGACAACGAACGAUCCUUAGUGAGAUUUUCCAUCUCUCGCAGCCAGCGUACUUACAGUAAGUACGGUGUGACACCUAUACCAUACCUACCUGUGCGUGCGUGUGUGUGCGUGGGCGCGGCGCGGGCGCGGGCGGACGUGCAAGUAAGUGUCUUUGUGGUGAGUGAGAUCGGGUGAUUGAUGAGCGAAUUCAGGCCUUGAAGGCCUGUCUCAUCUCAACAGCCGAGCCGCCCGGCCAGGCAGCC